AUGUCACAAGCCCUUGCGUCGCUGCCGCGGAGCGAAAGCAAAGCUCGCUUCAUGGUUCGUAUCGGCCUGGACAUUCGAGAUCCGCGACAUAGACAGAUCUACAAUCUGAUGAAGGAUGAAGCCAGCGAUGGAAGAUCGAGAAUCAUGUUGCUGCUCGGGAUAGAGGAGCGCAGCCAGCACCAUGAUUCAGGGCAUCGAAGACUUUCAGGCGCCGAAAUCCCAGCCAUCACAACCUCAGGCGUGCCAGAGCAAGUCAUGAACAAUGAGAUAAACCAGAUAUACCUUAGGGCCGGUCCUGCAACCAAGAUAUUAUAUCAGCUUGCCCUUGACCCGGACCAUCCAAACGACCCGAACUGGAUCAUACGAUGGAUGUUGUGGCAUGUUUUUCGUUAUCGGGAUGGCCGUCAGUCGCGGCUAGAUACCGCGCUUCUAAACGGCACGAGAGAACUACCAAGCUCAGAGGACGAAGGCGUCGCUGAUCAGGUCGACCCUAGGCUUGCUGCUAUUCAGCGCAGUCUAUAUGAUGAGUGGCGUUAUGAUCCUGUCCGAGACCGGUGGAAUCGAUGA